AUGCUUCAUGUCACAUGCGACUUCUCAGUUACGGUUUCUACGGAUGAGAGGCCGUACAUUGAUUUUAUGAAUCACAAACUUGGAGAAAGCGUGGAGUCAUACUGUGGAGCAAAUCUUUUAAACUUCGAUAAAAUUGGGGAGAGAAACUGUACAAUCCACUGGUGGUUUUACGAACCCAGAACGAAGGAACUGAUCUGCAUUUGCAACGUGUCAGACGCGCCAGAUAAAGACGGAAGGCUGUUAAUGGGAGACGGAGAUUCUCGCGGGGUUUUGUCAAUUUCUGAGAAUAAAUUUAAAGAACAUGGUGAUGUCCAGCAAGGGUCAUUCGCUUAUGCGCUGGAAAUCUGGACCGAGUCGGACGUAAAUCAAACUGCUCGCAAUCUAUUUCUUCAUCUAGCACACAAUGAGACACAGGUGCUUUGUGAUUCGGAACCAUUAGAGAAACACAAAUAUUCUUGUGUGAUUGUACACUACAACAAUGAAAAUGUGACAUGGGAAUAUCCAGAAAAUUGGAUCGGCCCAACGAGAUAUCUCAGAAAUAUUUUCUACGAUGAGAGCAACAUAACUGUUCAAGUUGUCGGAAUGCAUUGGCCGCCAAAGGAUUCAGUUGAUGGUGGGCAGUUUCACGUAGACACGGUCAUGGAAGUCGAGGAAAAAACACCCGAUUUCUGCAGGUUAUUUUCAGAAAAAGCAAGUGCACAAUUUGUAUAG